AUGACGCGCGACAGCUUAGCGCUCACGGAUGCACAUGACCGAAGAAUGGGAGAGAUCUCGCUGAAUACUCGCUAUCUGAGCACAAACCGUGGAAUCAUCAAGAUUCUUCAAAUUGUUUGCGGUUUCAUCAUCUGCUCGUUACUAUGUGCCCAAUGGUAUGGCGGUAAGUCGUGUUUUGGUGAAGGUCGCCUUGGCUUCUGCUCCGGUCUCAAUUUCAUUUGUGUUGUGAUCAACAUCGUCCUACUCGUACUUAAUUUCCUCAACAUUGGAGCUUGGGGACUAGAACGGAUCUACUCGGUUAUCUGCACAAUUCUAUUUCUGAUUGCUGCAGCUCUAAUCAUCUGGUUCAUCAUUGAAUACAACACUUCUCGCUCGACUCUUAUAGCCAGUGCGGCCCUGAUCGUCUGCCAAUUCUUCCUGUUCCUAUGGGACGUAAAGAUUCUUCAGGGCGAAGCGUCUAACUAA